AGCUAAGGCGUCGACUGAAUGUUCGUGCAUCUUGUACUCCUAAAAAGAAAAUCCGAUUCCUUUUUCGCGAUGUUGUUAGUCGAGGAGUUGGAGCUAAGUAAGAAACAACGCGUGCGAGGCGACUGACAAUCGAGAGGACCUUCAGCACUAAGCAAUCAUCCAGAUUCCAUCCGCAGAAAAGAAGAAGAAAUUUUCGACACAGGAUCGUCGGAUGUUGGGCCCCUUUCUCAAAGAGAUCUACAGUACAUAGAUAUGGGGGCCCUUUGGACUCGCGGGGGAGUUGAGAGCUUCUUGGGCCGUGCUUCGAUGGGCCUUAAAAAGGGACUAAGCAAGCAGUAGGCAGCAAGCACUAAGCACGCACGACGGCGUUCAUAAUCGUCUGGACGUGCAGACGAGUGCCAUGCCAGAUCGCCAGCACACGCACCCACCCAAAUUCCCAAAUCCCAAACAGACAUGCACACCACUUCUGUUCUCUGCCCCUUCAUCCUAGUCUUCUUCUUCGACCCCUCACGCCUGCUCAAGUCCAUGCCCAUGUACUUCAACAAAGGGCUAGCUCCCCGCAAAAAACAAAAAAAACAAAGGGCUAGCUAGCAAGCUUAGCCUCGCUGCAGGUCAGGUUCAAGGUCGCUGCUUCUUUCUGUUUCUGGCAUAACUCAGCAAUGCUCGCAUUCAAGCCCAGCAGGGCUAGCCAGUCUGAGGCCCCCAACCACAGGGAACCACCAAACACAAACUCAAGCUCCAACUCAAAUUCUAGUUCCAACUACAGCAGGGCUCAUGCUUUAGCGCCUAGAGUCAGCAGGCUAGUUAAACCUGCAGCUACAGGAUCAAGCAAGCAAUCAGCAGAGCCCAGGGCUCCUUCGCCGCUCCACAAUGCCGCCCGCACCGCCGCCCCGGUGUCCAUCGACGCCACACCAAAGCCUUCGCCGAUAGAACGCCGGUCGUUCAAGGCCUCGCCGCACCGGACCACCACCGUCGCCGACAAGCAGCCAAGGAUGCUGAAGGCGUCAGAGCUGCAGGCGCAGCUGAACAUUGUACAGGAAGACCUCCGGAGCGCCAGAGAGCACCUGGCCUCCAUCGACAGGGACAGAGCUCAGGUCCACGGCGACCUUGCGCUCACCAAGAGCCUUGCCGAUGAGGCCUACCGCAAGCUUGAGGACUCCCUCGCUGCGCAGAGGCGAGCUGAGGAGGCGUUGGAGCUCGAGCGGUUCAAGUCUGUUGAGCGGGAGCAGGCGGCCAUCGAGCUAGCCUGGAGGAAGGAGGACGAGUGGCUGCGGAAGCACGGCGAUGCCACGAAGCGCCAAGCUCAAGACGCUGCUUCCCUCGCUAAAAUCGCCAAGGAGCUCGAGAAUGCCAAGGGUGAGUUGGCCGUGACGUUGCAGGCCAAGAACUCGGCCAUCGGCCGUGCUGACGAGGCCGAGAAGAUCGCUGAGGCUAGCGCGAAGAAGAUGGAAACCCUGAUGGAGGAGGUCACCCGGCUCAAAUCAGAGAUGGACAGCAGAGGAGAAGCUGCUGCUGAGAUCAUCAGCAAGCUUCGGUCUGAAGCGUCAGAGCUCCGAGCUGAGCUCCAGAGAGCAAUGGUGUUUGAGGAGAAACUGGCCAGAGCAGAGGAGGUGGUCGAGGGGCUCAACGUCGACAUCGCAUACUCCAAGAGGGCAGAAAUGGACUCGGAUCAAUCAGCUCAAAGGUGGAAGGCGAAGGUGGCAGCGCUGGAGGCUCGCCUGACGGAGAUCACCUCAUUGAACAAAUCAAAAGAGGAGGCACUCGUCUCCCUCACAAAGAGCUUCGAUGACACCCAUGCCCAACUCGUACAGCUCAGGGAAAAGAUGGCAUUGUCGGAAAGGGAAGCAGGCCAGUACAAGGAAGGAUUCCUUGAGACAAAUAGCCGCCUUGAAGUCGCAAAGAAGGAGGCUUCUGGACUGCAGGCUGUCAUUGACAGCCUGAGGUCUGAACACGAGCUUCUGAAUGAGGCACACAGGCAGGUCAUCAACAACGAGAAGGCGGCGAGCGUGCAGUUCAGCAUGCUCGCCGGCGACAAGGCGAGGCUUCAGCUAGAGCUUGAUGGCGCAAGGGAGGAGAAGGACAAGGCCAAGAAGGCCGUCGAGGAUCUAGCAGCAGCUCUACGUCAGGUGUCUUCAGAAGCUAGGGAAGCUAAGGAGAGGGUCCUGGCGAAACAGAGCGAACUGGAACACGUGCAGCUUCAGAUGUCUGAACUGAAGAAGAUGAUGAAGGAUGCGGAAGAUAAGUACCAGUUGGUGCAUGAUGAAUCCAACUGCCUGAAGAAAAUAGUUCAGAGGAUGGAAUCAGAGGCCAAGAUUUUCCAGGAUGAUCAUACGUCGAAGGAGGCUGGGUUUGCCGAAAUGCUGAGGAGGUCGGAGGAGGAAGCAAGCUCUGCCAGGUCAGAGAUGAACAAGCUGAUGGGGUCGCUUGCAGCUGCAGAGAAGCAAGUGGAGGAACUCAAUGCAGAGAGAACCAAGCACAUCCAUGAAAUGAAAGGAAUUGAUCAGAACACCAUGGAUGCAAGCUCAAGUGCACAACAGCCAGUGGUGGUGGACGAGAACUCGCGCCUCAAGGAUCUGCUGUCCAGCAAGGAGAAGGAGGUGCUCGCGUUGGAUAAUCAAGUAACUGAACUGCGUCUUAGAGAGAUGGCUGCGCUGGCGAAAGCCGAGGAGCUCUCCAAGUCACUGGCAGAGGCGACAGCGAGGAAAGCCGGGGAGGAAGAGGCAGCGAGGGGUGCCCAGAAGUCCAAGGCACUGCUCGCCAAGGAUGCCAAGGACGACAUGGCACAGCUGCAGAAUAAGCUGAGGCUGGUCGAGUCCAAGAUCACCGAGGCUAACCUGUCGGCAGAGGAAGAGAAGAUUGGCAGCCUGAGGUUGAAGGAGACACUGGCAGAGAAGGAAGAGGAGCUCCUCAGCAUUGCACGGGAGAACGAAGGACUCCGGACGAAGGAAGCGGCUGCACGAGCCAAGGCCGAUGACCUGGCUGCACUGCUCAUUGAGGCCACCGCCAUGAAAGGAGGAGAUCAGCCAGCUACUCGGAGCACCGAGAAGCAGCCAAAUGUAUUCAUGAAGAUGAUGUGCCCCCCAAUGGACAACGUCGUGCGAGGCGAUCACGAAGCUCGGAAGAACAGCGACAGGGCCGUCCAGGUGCUCGAGGAGAUCAAGCACGUGGAAAUGGAGACAGUCAAGCAGGUGAAGCAUGAAAGAGAUGAAGAUGUGUCAGUGGAGGCCAACUCUUUGGAGAACAGCAAGAUCAUAGAAGAUGACCUGUCCAAAGAGAUGAGGGCCGAUGGUGUUGACGAGAUCGAGUCCAGCGACGACGGCGAUGACAUCGAGUCACAGGGAGAAGAGGGAGCCGCAGAUCAAAUGGAUGGGCUUCUGAUGCAUGGACCAUCGUCAUCUUUCAAGAAGGAGCAGCACAUCCAGAAGAAGAAGAAGAAGGCAUUGCUGAAGAAAUUCGGAAGCAUGCUGAGGAAGAAAGCUCACUUCACCAAGUUGAGAAAUCACUCCUAGGCUCCUAAUCCAAGUCCUAUGGUGACUACUUAAAAAAACUCCAUUCUUUUCCUUUUGAUUAUUGAUUGUCAACUACAGUACCAUGGUAGUAGCAAGUGCAGGUGUGAACCAUAAAAAGGAGACAUGGCAUGGGCAGCUGUGUCCACUAUGCAGAGAUAGAGAGAAGAAGCAACAUGCAUUGUAUCCCUGUCAUUUAGUUACUCUUUCUGGAUUUUUGUACCUUGACAGCGCAUUCAGAAUUCAGCAACCAUUCUUUAAGAUGCUAA